AUGACGGACGCCGACAUCUAUGCGUACGAGCAGGAGUUCGACGAGAUGGACGAGUGGGAAGCCAUGCACGCGCACGAGAUGGAGGCUGCGGAGGAGGAGAUGCGUGCUGUGGAGGCCUUCGAGCAACGGCAGGCGGGGGAGAGCCAGCUGCAGCCGCCUGCUCCAGCCCCAGCUCAAGCUCCAGCCACUCAGCCGCCUGUGAGCAGUAACAAUGCUGCAGCAGCGGAGAGGGGCGAUGGCGGUUUGGAGAUGGCGCAGAGCCGAUUGGACCAAGUGCUGGCUCGCUGCGCGACGCUGCUGGGCGAGGACGGAGAUGAGGACGCAGCCAUGGACAGCGCCGAGCCCAGAGCUGAGCCCUUUGCGCGCAAGAGCAAGCAGUCUAGUGCAGCUGAUGUGGACAAUAGCACAACCGGAUUUCUGUACAGUCGACCGCCCAUUGACGUGGGCUCGCUGCCCGUGGUGCUGAACGAGGGCAAGAGGAUGUUUCUGCGCAAGAAACGACCGAGCUCCAAGCAUGUCACGUCCAAUUCUGUGCGCAGCUCAGCGUCGUCACUUGUCCCCAUUAAGGAGUUGAUGGAGGCUGUUGAGCGGAUGGAGAUCGAGGAGGCUGCUGCGAAGGAGGACGAGGCUUUGCUCCAGGAACUUGGUUCGGACAGCAACGAUUCGUCACAAGCAGCGAACGCAGUGCUCUGGCUGGAUAAGUACAAACCGCAGAGCUUCCUGGAUCUUCUGAGUGACGAACGGACCAACCGUGAAGUCCUCACGUGGAUUAAAUCAUGGGACAGGUUUGUGUUCCCGAAGAAGCUGCGACCUAAUGGUACACUCCCCGUGUCUCCUGCGAAGCCCAAUAGCUUCGGCAAUAAGUUCUCCUGGGCAGCGAAGAAUCAAGGCAGUGGUCGCGCAGAGUCCGAAGAAGACGAGGACAAGCGACCAUUCAACAAGAUUAUCUUGCUGUGUGGCCCUCCUGGAGCAGGUAAAACCACGUUGGCUAAUAUCGUUGCGCGGCACGCGGGCUACAACCCUAUCGAGGUUAAUGCGAGCGACGACCGCACCGCAUCGGUACUGCGCAACAAGCUCAUUAGCGCCAUGGAGAUGCAGUCCAUUUGGGGAGAACGGAAGCCGAACUGCAUCAUUCUUGAUGAAAUUGAUGGCGCGAUGAACGGGUCGGACGGGAAAUCGGCAAUUGAGGUCAUUCUUGAGAUCGCCAACGCGCCCCUGCAAAGGAAGAAGACAGGAGCUAAAACUACCGCUAAGAACCGCCACCCGCUGACUAGGCCACUCAUUUGUAUCUGCAAUGACCUGUACGCCUCCGUGUUGCGCCCGCUACGUCAGAUGGCGAAGAUCUUCACGCUGGACACGCCACACUCGCAGCGCCUCGUGACCCGUUUGAAGUACAUUUGUCGUCAUGAAGGCAUCAAGGCGUCAACCGGUGCGCUAGCAGCUUUGUGCUCCAGUGCUGACAAUGACAUUCGAUACUGUUUGAACACGCUGCAGUUCCAGAGUACUCAGUCACGGCGUGCGGUGAAGGACAAGUCAGCGAUCGUGACGCUGACGACUGGUCUCGUUGCUCAAAAGGAUCACGUCCACGGCAUGUUUGAGGCUAUGGAUCUCGUAUUCUUCGAGGCGCGGUCAAAGUCAGCCAAGGGCGAGCGUCCUGCGACCGAGAAAAUCGAGGAGGCCGUUGUGUCACUGGGGAACUUCCCUCUGUUGAUCAACGGCUUGGACGAGAACGUACCGAAGAUGAUCUUCAACGACCCGACCAUGAACAAGAUUUGCGACGUGUUCGAGUGGCUCGGACUUGCAGAUGAGUACGAGAAUCGUGCUCGCUCGGAACAACAGUUCGUCUUCCAGGCGUACAUCCCGUUUGCUGCCAUCGCCACGCACGCAGCUUGUUGCACGAGCUCAAGGCGUCGUGUGGAGUACCCUCGCGCGCAGUUCGAGUUGCAAAAGAAACGUGAUCGCUCUGAAAACAUCCUUGUGGCAUUGGCGGAGGGCGCACAGCUGCAACCAAUUCUGCGUAUGAGCACCAACGUGCUUGUCGUGGACGUAGUGCCCUGGCUUGUCGCGAGUUUAUCGCCCAACAUUCGUCGCAUUAAUCCGUCACUGCAGACGAAGGAGGAGAAGGUGAUGAUUCAGCGCCUCAUUGAGCUCAUGGCGUCGCUGGGACUAUCGUUCCGCCACAAGUACUUGCCCGACGGCAGUGAAGACUACUCGCUCGAGCCGGCGCUAAACGAACUCGUGGAGUUCCGCGGAAACGACGAUGGGGCAGUGUAUCAAUCCAUGCUUCCGUUAACUGUACGAAAGAUGAUCGCUCGCGAGGUGGAGCUGGAGCAGAUGCGUCGGAGUGAAAACUCGGAUUCGUCAUCAAAGCCGAGCAGCAACGACAACAAGAAGCAACCAGUGACUACCGAGAAAGUAGCCGAAGCGACUAUCGAAGAGAAGGCUGCGAAGGUUUCCUACGUUCGCCCGGAGCUCAGCGAGGCGGAGCUGGAGAAGAAGGACGAGGCGCUCCGCAAGCGCAAUCCGUUCGCGUUCGCGCACCGUGAGGCCAAGCGAAAGCGCGACGAGGAGCUGAACGCCAAGUUCAAGCAGCAGCGCACCGACGACGCCCACGCGCACUCCAUGGUGCGCUACAAGUUCAACGAAGGCUACACGUGCGGCAUCAAGACAGCCGUUGCAUGUGCAACGCAAUGCAAGAAUGCACAAAUUCCUACGCCGUCUCUUCACUUCUUGGCCGCUUUCUUCUUCUUCUUGGAUUUCUUCUUCUUGUCCGCCGGAUCAGCAGCUGCCGCCGAAGCCUCGGCCGGCUGCGGUUGCGACGUAGUCGAUGCCAGCAGCGCCUUCAUGGGCCCCAGCACCUCCUGCAUCACAAAGCGCAGCAGCCUCGUGAGCCGGAACAGUACAGCGCUGGCGAUGGCGAUGGAGGAGCGAGACCAAGGUGAGGGCUGUGUAUCUGGCGCGUACUUAGGUUGCGAGUGGAGCCUGGGCCCGGAAGACGCAGUGAACGAUCUGGACCGCGUCGACACUGAAGAGUUCGCGAGCGACGAAGACUAUGUGGAAGAAGACACCCCGCGUCAGGAGAAGUACUUCUCGAAGAAACACAUGAACAAGACGUCGGAAGAGCUUCUCAGGAGAAGUGCGACCUUCGAACCAGACUUUCAAACGCGCAUGAAGAAGUUUUUGAUAAAGAAUCAGCAGAAGAAGGAGAGGAUUCGCCAGUCUAUUGCCGUUGAAGAGGACCCGGCGAUCGUACCGAUGCCGCGAAUCAACCAGGUGCAGAACGACAAUUAUUUUCUUAGCACUCUUACUACUGCGUACUAA